AUGGCUUCCGCGCUCAGAUUACGCUCGCUCGCCCUCCGCCCCCUCCAAGCCAGAGCCUUCCACGUCACCCCGCGCGCCCUCGAGCACUUCCUCGACGCCGACAAAGAGACAUUCGCCCGCGUGACCUCCAAGGAGCACACCAAAGACCGCGUCGUCCUCGUCGACUUUUACGCCGACUGGUGCGGCCCCUGCAAACAGCUCUCCCCCCUCCUCGAACAGCUCACCUCCUCCCCCUCGCUCACCUCCGGGAGCGGCCGCCCCGUCGACCUCGUCACCGUCGACGUCGACGCCGAGCCCGAACUGUCCAUGCAAUACAAGGUCUCCUCGAUCCCGACAGUCGUCGCGUUCAAGGACGGCGAGAAAGCGGGCCAGUUCGUCGGCGCGCUCCCCGAGCCCGCGAUCAAGAAGUUCCUCGGCGGACUAUAG